CACAUCACGAUCUUCCUCUUUCCCCCUCGCUCCUAGAUCCUCACCUGCGUGUGAUCAUGUUGACUCCGCCGCUACUCGCGCUCUCGGCCGUGGAAACAAUUCUCGCGCUGCUACUAGCUGUGCCAUGGCGGCCCGUUCGCCGAAUCCCCGUGGCGAUCGUCGUGUUCUUCAAGGGCGCGGCCAUGCGCGUCGUCGUGUCGACGGUGGCGGCGCUGCUGCUGGUGCUGCUGCUGGUGGGCGGUGUGCAGGUGUGGCAGCUGCAGCAGCGCCUGUCCGACGCGUCGGCGCCGGGCAUGUUCGCGUCGGGGGCGGGCGGCGUGGGCUUCCAUGAGGCGCGGGUGGAGCUGCUGCAGGCCGCCGUGCAGGAGAUGCUGCUCGGCUACGGGUUGCUGCUGGGGCUGGUGAUAGGGCAGCUGGCGAGCAGCAUAAAGGCGGGCGAGGUGGCGGCGCUGAGCAUCGCGACGCUGAAGAAGCAGGCACAGGGGCUGCAGGACGAGUACAUGCGCCUGGCCAACGAGCGCACGGGCGAGCGCGGCGUGGAGGAGGAGGCCGUCAAGAAGGCCAGGGGGCUCAAGGACAGCAUUGCACGGCUGGAGAAGGACCUCCGCCACAAGGAGGAGGAGGUGGAGACGUGGCAGGGGCGCACACGAGCAGCAGAGACGAACGUGGCGGCAAUCCGCAAGCAGACGGAGGGGCUGCAGCUGGAGUACGACCGCCUGCUGGACGAGAACGAGAGCCUGCGCGCGCAGCUCGCUGUCUUCGACCGCAAAUUCGCCUCCAAAAGCAAGAAAGACCUCUAGGCUGUAGCCUCCUGGCCAGCGCAGUCUGCCAGCGCUGACGGCACGCCCCAUUCCGUUCGAGAGUGGGUAGGGACGGGGAGGAGGCUACGGUAGAUGGUGAAGUAAAUCGUCUGAUGUUGUAGUAGACUAAGUAUAAAACUAGAAACACGAACACUUGGCAAAUCCUCAAGUGUUGGUCCAGGAUCUUUGCUGCAAAGGUAGACUAGUAAGACAGCGGAAGUCUUGUAAAAUGUUAAGGUCAAGGUUGAAUAACCUGAGUACGUGAACUUGUGUAAUCAAAGUUAAUAAUGACA